GCACAGAAGUACACGUGCACUCCUGCUUCGUUCCUUUUCUCAUGCUGUGUCGUGCCCCCUAGUUACUGCUUGGUUCCUCAUGGCGGAGCAGCAGAAGAGGAUGCGAACUAGCAGCGGUGGCAGCACGUCCUUCUCCACGCCAAGCGCCAUCGUGAAGCGAGAAGCAGAAGUGGAGCAGAUGGUAGUAAUCCAGGCCGGCAUCCAAGCCGGCGCCGCGGCGGCGCCUACGGAUCAACAAGGCAGCACGCAAGGUGAUGAUUCCAGCAAGUUCAUGAUUGUGUUCGUGGACAGAGAUCGGUGGCUCCACUGCGCGGCGUGCUCCGGCCCCCUGAAGACUCCCGUAUACAAGUGCGGUGCCGCUGGGCACAAAGUGUAUUGCACCUGCCGCGGCGACGACAGCCCUGUCGCCAAAAGCUGCUGCCGCGCGUGCAACGGCGCCGCCGCGUCCUUCACCCUCUGCUCCGACGACUUUCAGGAACUCAUCGGCUCCCACAGGGUGGCAUGCCCAUACAAGGCGUACGGCUGCCGCAGGCUUGUCAGCUAUCUCACGGUGGACGAGCACCGGCGCGCGUGCCCGGACAAGCCAUGCUCCUGCUUCGAGCUGGCGGCCGGCUGCGACGGCGGCUUCGUCGGUUCGCCGAGGACGCUCCACGACCACCUCGUCGGGCCUCUGCACUGGUGGCCCACUCGCAAGUUCGAGUAUGGCAAGACCCAGAUUCUAGACGUUCUGGAGCGGCGGCGCCUGCUAGUCUCGGAGGGGGAAGAGCGCGUCUUCGUCCUGGCCGUGGCCGUGGACUCCACCGCCGGGAUGACCAACGUCUCACUCAUGUGCCUGAGGUCGAGCGCGGCCGCUGCCACGGGGCCGCAUUACAGGGCCAGGCUCUGGUCGCACGCGCCCAGAGACCCGGUGACCGGCGUGGAGGAGCGCCUUGAGGCAGAAUUCGUGGUGGAGAGCCGCGAGUCACCCUGCGAGAUCGCCGUCCGGGAGGGCACGCUUCUGCCGUUGCAGCCCAAGUUCCUCCGCGGCGCGUCGAGGAAGAUCGUCCUCUACGUCCGCAUUGAUAAGCUCAAGCCCAUAGUCUAGCUGCCCGCCAGCAGUACGCAGAAUCAACUCCGGUGGUUGUUGCAUUUUGGUUGGAACUUGGAAGCCAAAAGUCGGCAGUACUAGUGAGCAGAUUUGCGCGUGUUAAGUGUUUUGGUGCAUGGCAGGAUCAUUGUCUGGAUGAUUCGAAAUUGGCCUGUUUUUGUGCUGUGGUCCGACCCUGAGCUUAUGAUUCUACGAAACUAUGAUGAAAUAUCGUAA